AUUAAAAUCCGAACUAAAUAAUCUCCCCCACCAGCGCCCGUCCUCCCCACACCCAAAUCCAUCCCCCUCCGCCUCCCCGGGAACCACCCGCUCGCCUCCCGCGGCGGGGAUCUCCGGGCUGGUUUCCCCCAAAUCGCCGCCCGCCUCACCACUCCGGAAGCCCCUCGGUUCCCCACCCGCGCCCGCGACGGCACGACUCGCAGGAUCUCUCUGCUGACUUGCUCGGGCGAUUUUGAUUGAGAGAAUCCCCUCCUCCUCCUCCGAUUGGGCUAUUUCGUGGGUCGGGAUGGGGCUGCAGCAGUCCAAGGAGGAGCUGCUGUACCAGCAGGUCAACUACGGCAACGUCGACGGGAUUCGGACCCUCCGCGCGCAGGGCGCGGGCCUUGAGUGGAUUGACAAGGAGGGGAAGACGCCCCUGAUGGUCGCCUGCAUGCGGCCCGAUCUGCUCGGCGUCGCCAAGGUGCUCAUCGAGUUGGGAGCCAAUGUCAACGCGUACCGGCCUGGAUCACAUUGUGGGACUGCAUUGCACCAUGCUGCUAAGAAAGGACUUGAGCAGACUGUCCAUUUACUUCUCACGCAUGGAGCUAAUCCUUUCAUACCAAAUGAUGAUUGCAAUACUGCCCUUGAAUUGGCAAGAGAAAAGGGCCAUGUUAAUGUUGUACGGGCCAUAGAGGGACGGAUUUCUCUUUUUUGUGGAUGGAUGAGGGAGAAUUAUGCUCCUGCUUUUCUGGAUGCAAUUGCUCCGCAGUUUAUGACACGAAAAAUUUGGGCUGUGGUUUUACCCCGUGAAGUGCGGACUCCAACCAGGCUUCUUAAGUUAGAGCUAGCUAUAUAUCCUGAACUACAGGCUUCUAAACCUCGUGCUGUAGUUAAACUAUGGAAAUCGCAAAUUGAGGAACCAAAGCUUAACCUGGCUGACCCUUCCGUUGUCAUUUUUGAUAAAGGAACAAAAACUCGAUACAAGAUCUUACCAGCCUACGAAGGUGACAAACAGCAGCUUCAAAGGUUUUACCAUGCAUGUUGUGGCAUGGUGCAGGUUUCCAACACGGCUCCAGCACCACCAGCAAAUCUCCCAGUGCCAAAUCCAGUACCUGCAAACUCAUCUGUGGCACCUUCAGAAGUAUCUGCACCCACCAAGGAGGAUGUUGAAUUAGCGAUGGCUAUCAAUGCCUCAAUUCAGUCAGCUAUUGCGGAGGGAGUGCCCAAUGUUCAACCAAAUGCAUCCACUCCCAACACCAAUGGCUGGGGUAUCCCUCCAAGCAAUUCUCACAAUGGAUGGGGACCACCAUCAGCUCCUGCACCAUCAAAGACGAGCGGGCAAUCCCAAGCCCGGGUUGACGCUCCAAGCAGCAGCAGCACAUACAAUGGAUGGAACGUGCCUGGAACAAGCUCUAGCCAAAGUUCAUCGAAACCCAGCAAAACACAAACCAACCCACCGGUUGUGAUUCCGCAGGAAGCACUACCAGCUCUUCCAACCCCAACUGCACCACCAUUUGCCGAAGAAACCUUCUACAGCGGCCCUGUUCAGUACCCAUCCAUAGAUUCCACUCCUGUCGAUGUAAUCAUGCCUGCUACCACCGAAGGCGGUACUGUGGCAGCAUCUGUGGGACCUGGAGAAGAUGAGGCUAAUGCGAGCGGCAGCGGCAGCGGCAAUACUCCCUCCGGCACCUGUGUUAUCUGUUUGGAUGCCCCCGUGGAAGGGGCCUGCAUUCCGUGCGGCCACAUGGCUGGUUGCAUGUCCUGCUUGAAGGACAUAGAGUCCAAGAAGUGGGGGUGCCCUAUCUGCCGCGCCACGAUCAACCAGGUUGUUCGCCUCUAUGCUGUUUGAGAAGUUGAAAUGGUGAGCCUGGAAACUUGGCAACUGGAUGGUUCUCGCAACAAGUUUUGAUGGGAACGUCUCUAUCUAAGAAUUAUGCAGUUCGUACUGCUCUGUAAAUUAUGACUUUCGUGUAAUGUGAUCUACUCGGGCUGUUAUACGGUGGUCAGUGGUGUGUAUAUAAGUGUAAGACAAUUCUGUUGUGGAUUUAAGCCACACAGAACUGGAAAUAAAAUAUACUUUUUGCUGCUCUCCA